CAGCAGGCGGGUGUGGGUGCUCUGGCUUAUAAAGCCCCCAGUGUCCUGUGCCUUCAGAAGCAGUUACAGACGGCACCGUGGAAGGCACCAUGGAAGGCACCAUGGAGGACACCAUGGAGGGCACCAUGGAGGGCUCCGAGGCGGUGCAGAGGGCCACGGCACUCAUUGAGCAGCGGCUGGCAGAGGAGGAGGAGAGUGAGAAACUUCGAGGAGCCCCUCACAGGAAGCUGCCUAUGGACAUGCUGGUGCUGGAGGAUGAGAAGCACCUUGGGGCCCAGAGCCAGGCUUUACAACAGGUUAAGGGCCAAGAGCGUGUGCGCAAGACAUCCCUGGAUCUGAGGCGGGAGAUCAUCGAUGUGGGCGGGAUCCAGAACCUCAUCGAGCUGCGGAAAAAACGCAAGCAGAAGAAGCGGGAAGCCCUGGCCGCUGCCCAGGAACCACCUCCAGAGCCUGAGGAUAUCAGUGGCCCUGUGGAUAAGGAGGUGUUCCUGAAAGCGGCAGUGGAGGGGAAAAUGAAGGUCAUUGAGAAGUUCCUGGCAGAUGGGGGCUCAGCUGACACCUGUGAUGAGUUUCAUCGGACAGCUCUGCACCGAGCUUCCUUGGAGGGCCACGUGGAGAUUCUGGAGAAGCUUCUUGGGAGUGGGGCUACCGUGGACUUCCAGGAUCGGCUGGACUGCACAGCCAUGCAUUGGGCCUGUCGUGGAGGCCACCUAGAGGUGGUAAAACUCCUACAAAGCCAUGGCGCAGAUACCAGUGUGAGAGACAAGCUGCUGAGUACCCCUCUGCAUGUGGCAGUCCGCACGGGGCGUGUGGAGAUUGUGGAACACUUUCUAUCCAUGGGCUUGGAUAUCAAUGCCAGAGACAGAGAAGGAGACAGUGCCUUGCACGACGCCGUGAGGCUCAACCGCUACAAAAUCAUCAAACUGCUGCUCCUUCACGGGGCUGACAUGAUGGCCAAGAACCUGGCAGGAAAGACCCCCACAGACCUGGUGCAGCUGUGGCAGGCUGAUACUCGGCAUGCCCUGGAAAACCCUGAUCCAGGGACAGAGCAGAAUGGGCUAGAGGGGCCUGAGAGUGGACGUGAGACCCCCCAGCAAGUUCCAGCCCAGUAAAUGCCCGCUUCAGCCCAGCAGACACCCAGCCUCUCCUGUGUGCACCAGGGAGUAUCCUAGAGUGACCCCCCAAGAGCUGAGGACCCAGCCUCUCCAUCGUACAAUUCAGGAAUACCCACAAACUAGCACAAUAAAAAUUGUUUUUGCUA